AAACCAUGUGUAAUUUACGCUUUAUAGAUUAGAAUCAUGCAACUUGUGGCUUUAUUCAUUUUAGGGGAUAUUGUUUUAUUUAGUUGUUUUACCACUGGACUGUUUGGUCGAUGUAGCGGACCUUUGAUAUGCUGCAGAGGAUAUGAAUACGAAGCAAAGAAAGACAUCUGUUUGCGCUGUGACUAUCCUAUGUUUGGAAUUGGAUGCAGAGAAAAAUGCAAUUGUUCUAAAGAAAACUGCAACGUCUUUGACGGAUGUAUGUUACAUCUCACAAAAGAAACAGAAGACACGGCCUCGACUACCAACAUUAAACUUUCCUGGAUGACAUCACAUGUAACAACACAAACGCAUGAAACAAUCAGAAGAACCAUACAAUCUUACAAAAGUAUACAGGGAACAAUUUCUUUACAUGUUCUUUUAAAUAUCGAUAUAUUGUUGAGCAUAGUGUAGGUUGUAUCGUGUUUAUUGUUUAUUUAGCAUCUACAAUUACAUAGCUUACAUUUCCUCGCUGUUGAUAAACGAAGAUGAUAAAUUUCAAAUACAUUCAAAUAGUGGCAACUCCAGAAAUUUUCCACGAUCGCAGGCAUAAAAAUGAAAUCAAAUUGAAUGGCAUAAAGGCAAAAUAAACUAGAGGUACUGUGAGCA